AUGACGCGGAAGACGGGGAAGAAGAGAGGCGGAAGCAAGCCCAAGCCCAAGCCCCAAACCGAAACUCCACUUUCCUCCAACUCUGUUCCGCCCCCACCGCCGGAGGAGGCAGCGAUCGAUGUCCUCACCCUGGAUGUCCUCCCCAACAUCAUCCGCCGCCUCUCCCUCGCCGACCUCCUCCGCGCGGCCCUCGCCUGCCACCGCUGGCGCCGCGCCGCCGCACGCUGCCUGCCCAGCGCCCCUCCCCUCCUGGGCUACUUCUUCCACCCCGCCAAAACCGGCAACAAGCUAGCCUACUACGAGCCCGUAUUCGCUCCCCUCCACGCCUCCUCGCCGCGCCUCUCCCUCGACUUCGCCCCGGACGUCUCCCGCUACAAGCUCUUCGACUGCCACCAAGGCCUCCUCCUCCUCCAGCCGGCCGCAUCGGUCCCCAAGGUCAGCCACCCCCGCCUCCUCGUCCUCGACCCGGCCACCCACCGCCGCGCUCUCCUCCCGCCGCCGCCGCGGGACACGGUGCCCGACGACCACCGAUGGCGCAGCUCCAGGUACUACGUCGGCUCCGCGCUUCUCUCCCGCGCGCACCCGACUUCGAGCAAGCUCUCCUUCGAGGCCGUCUGCUUCGCCAUCGACGGCGGCCACCCGCGCGUCUGGGUCGCGUCCUUCGACAACGACAAGUGCCGCUGGCGCGCGCUCCCGCUAGACAAAAAGGUCGUGGUCGAUUUCGACCCCUACUGGUUCGAGCGCCGCUGCGUGCACGCUGCCGGCAAGAUGUACUGGCACAUCUGCAACUCCCGCCGCGUCAUCGCGCUCCACCCCGCCACGCUGCAGUUCACCUACCUGCUGGCACCGGAUAGCCUGCCGGAUGGCUGCAAGUUCCGCAUCGGGGAGACGCCUGACGGGCGGCUGUGCAUUGCGACCGUGGAGGAUCAGAUGAUGCAGCUAUGGGUGCGUGGGGAGACCAGGAGCAGCGACAACGGCUGGGUUCUGGAGAGGGAGAUGAAUCUUCGCAAGGUGUACGACACUGUGCCCGGCCUGCCCAGGGACAUGGAAAGCAGGGUAAAGAGCAUCUAUCUCACCGACAUCGACGCGGGGAACAAAACGAAGCUGUUCAUCCAGAUGCUGGGAUACGGCCGCUACUCCUUCGAUCCGGAGACCGGCAAGCUGGAGCGCCUGGCCACGAGAAGCGGCAAGGAGUACGGGGACCCCAUCUGCGCCUACUUCCUCGCAUGGCCGCCUGCCUUCCUUGCUCAAGCGUAA